UGUUCUUGGACAAUUCUCCAAAAAUGGAUUUCAUUUAAUUCAAUAUAAGCAGCAGUGUCCGAGGAUUGUAAACAACUGGGGAAUUCUCUUCUUCGUUCAGAUCUCAUUUACUCAACUGUGGAUGGCUUCACAAGCUCUGGUGUCUUUUCUCUUCGCAUUAGCCCUUGUAAUUGCAACUGUAAGAUGCAACUCUGAAGUGGACGUUCUUUCUGCUUGGAAGGCCACCUUGGUUGACCCAAAUAAUGUUCUUCAAAGCUGGGAUCCAACUUUAUUAAAUCCAUGCACCUGGUUUCACAUUACAUGUAAUAGUGAGAACAGCGUCACAAGGGUGGAUCUUGGUAGUGCUGGCCUAAGCGGAAGUCUUUCCCCUUUGCUUGGAAAUUUGACCAAUCUUCAAUACCUGGAGGUAUAUGACAAUAACAUUACGGGAACAAUUCCAGCUGAGAUUGGUUAUUUAACAAGCCUGGUCAGCUUGGACUUGUACAAUAAUCAACUUUCAGGUCCAAUUCCAGCAACUCUCGGCAACUUGAAAUAUCUGAGGUUCAUGAGAUUGAACAAUAACUAUCUAAGUGGCAUAUUACCAGAACAGGUCAUUGGCCUCGUUUCAUUUGGCAAUUUGAUGAUCCUGAACGUAGCAAACAAUUCAUUGGCAGGAACUGUUCCUUCCACGAACUCAACAGGAUAUGCUGUUACCACAAUCAUACAGGACCCAAGAGCUCAAAAUGCUUGACCUGAAUGUUGAAAUAGCUGUUUGAUUUUAGUUGUGAUCUGUAUUAUAGUGAGAAAAAUAAAGUGGCACGGGUAAUGCAUGUGGCCCAAUACUUCAGAGAUUA